CAGUCGUUAUUUUUAUUUACAUUCGGAAAUCAAGUUUGGAUACAUUUUUUAAUAUUUUUAUCGUUGCUCGCCUUGAAACAUUUUUCAAAUAAAUGCCGGAGUGCUGCUAAAAAAAACACGAUUCGAAGCCAUGGAUAAAUCGGACUACCUGAGCCAGAAAAUGCUCAAACCGCUGAUGCCGGAGGACAUGCGAAGCGAGCUGAUAUCCGCCCUCAAGUCGCAAAACGUCCACCACAAUCGGGUCCGAUCCGUUAGAAAUUUCAAAAAAUUCCCACCGCCGCCGCUUCCUUCGAGCCCAGCGGCCCUGAGCGUAAGCAAUGAGGACGACAAACGGGGAAAUCUUCGUCUGCAAGCCAUUCAAGAGAUCAGAACUUCGGAAAUUUCCUACCUCAAGCAGCUGGAUCUGUUGAUUAACUAUUUCGUAGCACCGCUGAAAACCAACGGAUUGAUUCAGGAACGUGAGCAUGGUCAAAUAUUUGGGCAGCUGGAAACCAUCUAUAAUCUUAGCCAAGAGUUGCUCAAGAAGUUGGACGACGAUCUGGACAAUGUAGUCCGAGCCUUCAUGAACCUGGGACCAUUCUUCAAGUUGUACUCGGUGUACGCUUUUGACUAUCGAAACUCGUUGUGUACGUUGCAAACCCUGAUUCAGAAGAAUCCCGCCAUGAAGCGAUUCAUUGCCAAUGCCGAAUCGCGACCAGAAGUUCAGACGAAGGUGAUAUCGCUAUUGAUCACACCGAUUCAACGAAUUCCACGGUAUAAGCUUUUGCUGCAGCAGGUUCUGCUCUACACGAGUCCUUGCGAUGGCGCCUACAAGCAACUGCAGGAAUCGAUAAAACUUGUCGAGCAGUCUGUUUCCCACAUCAACUCGGUGGUGGAGGACUACGAAAAUACCCAAAGACUGAUAACGAUCCAGAAUGCGCUGACCAACAAAUCGCUGAAGAUCGUCAAACCAGCGCGGAAGAUCCUCAAGGAAGGCGUCCUGAGGAAGCUGAAAACGGACGGCACGACGUCCAAAAAGUAUUGCAUACUGAUGUCCGAUAUGUUCAUAUACUGUCGAAUGCUGAAGGAUCUGGAUCAUCUCUUUUCGGACAACGGAUUGGAGUGCUGUUGCAUCUUUCCGUUGAAGAAGUGCAAGGUGAUGGAACUGUUCAGUGGAAACUUCAAAAUAACCUGCAGUGGCGAUGGGACUAUAUUCACCGCUGAUAAUCCGGAAGACUGUCGCAGCUGGUUCCAGGGCAUUCGGGAGGCCAUCGAGCUGCACGUGCAGUGCAGGAAGACGCUAAGAAAGCUGUCCAGCAAUAGGAAGCCAAUGCGCAAAAAGCACAUUCAAAAGAUGGAACCGGAGGACGACUAUCUGUGGCUGCUUCGGCGCAAAACGGCCAGCCCAAUCAAAUCACCAAAGGCACGAAGCAACCUGUGGCCGUUCCGGCACAUGGAUUGCUUGAGAGCUAAUCGACGACGAUCGCUUCAUGACGACUCGCUCUUGGCGACAACGACCGCAAGCAGUCGGUUCGAAGCCAACAGAAUUGGCUAUCAGAAUCGGAGAGCACUAGGAGGCAUUACCCGUGAAGAUGCGAACGAUGAAAAUAGCGUCACGAUGGGGAUGUCGGCUACAACUUCUCCGGACUAUGAACCGCAGGCAGGUUCUAGUGGGAUUCGUAGCAUUGCGACGGGCCCUAAAAAGCAAGUUAGUUUUCAGUUGCCUGCUUCGUACUAUAAGCGUUGAGAGAGAUAUUGCUUUAUUACUUUUUUUGUAAGUUUUUUUUAAAGGGUACUAAAAAAAA